AACUUCCGGGUGACCGGGGAGUUCGUGUCGUUCACGCUAAUCUGUGAAGUUCUGGUUUGAUUUUUGAUUAAAAUGCGGUAAACCGUUUCAGACGCUGUGUGUAAAAGCUCCGUUUUCUCUGCCCGGAUUUUCUCUGAUACUCUGACGGUGUGAGUCCGGGACUCUGAGCAGGAAUGUCUGCAUUAUGGAGCCUGAGGCCGAUGCUGACAGCACUGUGUCAAGCCUCCCAGCAUGCCUCUGCCUGGACAGGUCCCCUCCUCUCUAGGACAAUGGCCACCCUCAACCAGAUGCACCGGCAGGGGAAGCCCAAACCGCCUCCUAAACCUGUUGGCGCCACAUUCGGCCGCCCGCAGCUGAAAGCGGUGAUCCUGAAGACCAUCAUUCGAAAGCCCAAGAAGCCCAACUCUGCGAACAGAAAGUGUGCUCGGGUGCGGCUGUCGAACGGGAAGGAGGCGGUGGUGUUCAUCCCCGGGGAGGGACACAACCUGCAGGAGCACAACGUGGUGCUGGUGCAGGGCGGGAGGACGCAGGACCUGCCCGGAGUCAAACUCACCGUGGUCAGAGGCAAAUAUGACUGUGCCCACGUGGUGAAGAAGAAACAGUAGAAUGAGAGAUGGACGCUGGUGCGAUUGAAAUGUUUGUCAGUGUCACAGCUGUGUAAUAAAUGUGUGUUCUCCUAAUUCCA